UUUUAAAUGGAAGAUCAGUUCUUGUUCACAUCAUGUUUCUACAGUGACAGGCAUAGCAUGAUUUGUCAAUCAAGAUUUGGUUGGUGAGGUGAUCAGAACACUGGUACUCAGGGCCCGUAUCCACAAACCAUCUCAGAGUAGGAGUGCUGAUGGAUCAGUGCUGAUGGAUCAGUUUUGCCUUUUAGAUAAUGAAUAAGAUUAUAUGGAUAGUUUAUAAAGUUCAGACUGACUCUUCACCCUGACUCUUCUAAUAAACGGUUUCAUUAUUUUACUGUCAAUGAUCUGUAUGCAGGUGUGCUCAACCAGGUCAACAAAGAGGAUAUCCAAGGUAGCCUAUCAUAAAGGUGUUGUCCUAGUGACCUGCCCAGGAUGUGAAAAACACCACAUUAUUGCUGACAACUUGGGUUGGUUCUCUGACCUGAAGGGAAAGAGGUUGGUGGCCAAGUUAAUGUAGUUGUGAACAUUUUACAUGCAUGCACAGUAUUACAAUGUUAUGCAGGCAGGGCACUCUCGCGUCACCUCAGGUAGCGCAAACCCACACUCGUUCAGAGCCCUCUGCUGCGCAUUUCACCAUCCACGUCAACUUCCCUGAUUACACGGUAGUUCCCCAGUGUAAGGCGCUGGUUGAUUCAGGCGCAGCUGGGAACUUUAUGGACAGGUCUUUAGCUAGUCUACGUAUUGUCUCCUGUAGCUCAGUUGGUAGAGCAUGGCGCUUGCAACGCCAGGGUUGUGGGUUCGAUUCCCACGGGGGGCCAGUAUGAAGAAGAAAACAAAAAUGUAUGCACUCACUAACUGUAAAUCACUCUGCUAAAUGACUUAAAUGUAAAUGUAUUUCCCCUAUUGAUAGUGACAUGCACAGAAGAGAAAUGGAACUGCAGUCAUAGUGAAUCAUAAGUGAAUACCGUAUUAAUAGGCUGUAACGUUUGUGUGGACUAAAGGGCCCUACACACUUCACGCAAACCCAGCAUAAUAUUCACAGGUAGUUCUAGGUACUUUUGUGUGACUCAGAUUUUGGAACGGACCAUAUACGACGCUCCUUCGCUCUGUUUGCAUGCAGCCUCCUUAAGACUUGAGUAUUAUUCCUGAUUUUUUUUCUUUCUUAUUCAUGGUUUGUUUUUUUCCCUACAGGAACAUUGAGGAAAUCCUUGCAUCGAAAGGGGAGAAAGUGAAGAGGGUAGAAGGAGAGGCGGCCUUCGAGAUUGUUGUAGACAAGUUUGGCAAGGAUUCAACACAGACUGCUCAAGAUGCAGAUGCAAAGAAACCUUCACCAGAGUCUGAUGACUCAGGGAAAUCAUGACUAACUCUCUGUGUGUGUAUGCGCAUACAUGCAUUUGUCGAUGGACUGAUCACAACAAGGACACCAUUCUCUAUGAGUGAGAAAUAGCAAUUACUAAAUAAAUGCAACACUGC